AUGGUGAAAUUCUAUCGAUCUCGCUUUUUCGCGGCUAUCCUUCUUGCCUGUUGGGUCUCUGUGAUCGUCUAUCUUAUGUCUUCCGGAUUCUACGACAAAAGGGAGGAAAUUUUCGGCGAUCCCAAAUCAUUUAGGGGAAAACUUUUCGGCGGUCCACUUCCGCUUCCCGUUUCACCAACUCAUUCUCCGUCGACGACUGUUAUUAGGCCCAAAUCAAUCGAACAGAUUACCGAAACGUCUUUUCUCGAAAGAUUUGAAAAUACCGUCAUCCAGCCGAAGGUGCAUCCUGUUCUAACUUUGGGUGAAUUCGAUGCUGAUGGCUAUGUGUCUAAGGGAAAGCUCAAGCCUGGAGAGGACAAGUAUGCCGCCAACAAGUUCAACCAAAUGGCCAGCGAUUCGGUUGCGGUCGAUAGAGAUGUUAUUGACAGUAGAGAGCACCAUUGUAAAAAGUUGACAUACGACGUCAAAGCUAUGGAGCCAACAUCCAUUAUUGUAACGUAUCACAAUGAAGCGAGGUCCACUCUCCUUCGUACUGUCUAUAGCGCUAUGCUUCGCUCACCACCGGAGCUCAUCCAUGAAAUUAUUCUUGUUGACGACUGCUCCAAAGAUGAAUCGAUUGGAAAAGACAUUUCUCAACUUGAAAAGGUCACCGUUUUGAGGAACACAAAACGUGAAGGUCUGAUUCGAUCUCGCGUCAAGGGUGCUGCCUACGCAACAGCUCCUAUUUUAACCUUUCUGGACAGCCAUGUUGAAUGUAAUGUUGGGUGGUUGGAGCCACUUCUUGGACGUAUUAGUGAGAAUCCGAAAGCAGUAGUCGCGCCAAUAAUUGAUGUGAUUAAUAUGGAUAACUUCAACUAUGUGGCUGCAAGUGCUGAUCUUCGUGGAGGUGAGCAGGAGCUGUCUCCAACUAUGGCUGGUGGUUUAUUUGCGAUCAAAAAGAGUUGGUUCGAAGAGCUUGGUACAUACGAUAUGGGUAUGGAAGUUUGGGGAGGCGAGAACCUAGAAAUGUCGUUUCGUGUUUGGCAAUGUGGGGGUUCCUUAGAGAUUAUGCCAUGUAGUCGCGUCGGACACGUGUUUCGUAAGCAACAUCCCUACACGUUUCCGGGAGGGUCUGGAAAUGUUUUCCAAUCGAAUACGAGACGAGCAGCCGAGGUAUGGAUGGAUGAAUACAAAGCAAUCUAUCUGAAAAAUGUGCCUUCUGCGAGAUAUGUGAAAUUUGGAGAUGUGUCCGAACGUCUGGCAUUACGGGAACGUUUGAAGUGCCACUCCUUUUCAUGGUAUCUUGAAACCAUCUACCCUGAAUUAAAAAUUCCUGAGCGUGAUAAAGGAGAAUUAUACCACCUGAAAAAUGGAAUUAUGUGCCUGGAUACACUAGGACGUAGGGCUGGCGAAGCUCCAGGUUUAUACCAGUGUCACGGAACUGGUGGUAAUCAGGAGUGGGCCUACGACAGAGAUGAAGGCCAUUUACGUAGCACCACGUCGAGGCUUUGCAUCACUAUGGAAGACCUGGACGGCGAACCACUCGUAAUUAUGGACGACUGUAGUAAUGUUAGUUUCAUUUCUUGCUGUUGUGAGGAGACGAGAUUCAAUUUCCACUCUUUUCGAUGUUCUAAGUCUUUUGAUCCCUACCAUUUUCGAUAUGCCGUGUCUUCUGGGGUACAAGGCGCUGCCCUUCGAACGCCGCUACGAACUGUUUGA